AGCAAAUCUGCUGCCUUUCUCACUGCUGAUACAGAUUAUACAGACGCUUGCCUUUUUGAAAUGCCUUUUGUGAAACCUAUGUACACAGUCCUCCACUGUUACUGUACAAAACUAUAUAUUUGAGGAAGGAAUUUGACAAGUGAUUGUUAAUUCGAGAAAUCUUUGGACAAGCACUCACUUAUGUAUUGCUGUAGUGCACAAGAAAGCAAAAUGGACUAUAAGCGGCGCUUUUUGCUUGGCGGGUCCAAGCAAAAAGUGCAGCAACACCAGCAGUAUCAAAUGCCUGAGCUAGGCAGGACCCUGAGCGCACCGCUGGCAUCGACGACCCCCGCAUCCCCUCUGGUCUCCUCAGCUGCUGCGGGCAGCUGCAACCACCCUGUGUCCCACACGACUCCGAUCGCAGACAUCCAGCAGGGAAUCUCCAAAUACCUGGAUGCACUCAACGUGUUUUGCCGUACGAGCACUUUCCUUACAGACCUUUUCAGCAGUGUAUUUAGGAACUCGCACUAUUCUAAGGCAGCUAUGCAACUGAAAGACGUGCAGGAACAUGUCAUGGAAGCAGCGAGUCGACUCACAGCAGCAAUAAAACCAGAAAUAGCAAAAAUGCUGAUGGAACUGAGUGCGGGAGCUGCAAACUUUAAAGAUCAAAAAGAGUUCAGCCUACAAGACAUUGAGGUACUGGGGCGAUGUUUCUUGACGGUGAUGCAGGUCCACUUCCAGUUCCUGUCACAAGCGUUGCAGAAGGUCCAGCCAGUGGCGCACUCUUGCUUUGCUGAAGCUGUGGCACAGGAGAGAAAGAAUGUUAGUGGGGCUGGAGCCUCAAAUGUAAGCCCCACAAAUGAGCUAGAAGAUGCAAUAAGAUCAUGGAGAGGAGCGGCAGAGGCCACAUCUCGACUGCGAGAAAGAGGCUGUGAUGGAUGUUUGGCAGGAAUUGAAGUUCAGCAACUUUUCUGCUCACAGAGUGUGGCAAUCCCUGAACAUCAGCUCAAAGAGCUAAACAUGAAAAUUGACAGUGCUUUGCAGGCUUACAAGGUGGCUUUGGAGAGUCUGGGCCAUUGUGAAUAUGCAAUGAAGGCUGGCUUCCACUUGAACCCAAAAGCUAUUGAAGCGAGUCUUCAGGGCUGUUGCAGUGAAGCUGAAGCCCAGCAAACAGGAAGGAGACAGACUCCACCUCAGCCAAUUCAGUGUGAACUGCCCACUGUACCUGUCCAGAUAGGAUCACAUUUUCUGAAAGGAAUAUCCUUUAAUGAAUCUGCAGCAGAAAACCUGAAGCUGAAAACGCACACAAUGCUGCAGCUGAUUAAGGAAGCAGGGUGCCAUAAUGGACUUACACCACGGGAUGACUCUCCUGUUACUGAAGUCCUGAAUCAGGUUUGCCCUUCCACUUGGCGAGGAGCCUGCAAAACUGCUGUGCAAUUGUUAUUUGGCCAAGCUGGACUGGUGGUUGUGGACACGGCACAGAUUGAAAAUAAAGAAGCGUAUGCUCCUCAGAUAAGUUUAGAAGGAUCCAGAAUUGUGGUGCAAGUUCCAUCAACUUGGUGUCUGAAGGAAGAUCCAGCAACAAUGUCUUUGCUUCAGAGGAGUCUGGAUCCAGAGAAGACUUUGGGACUAGUAGAUGUGCUCUAUACCGCCGUGUUUGACACACACAGGUGGAAGGAAGGAAGGGAGCAAGCUUUGCCGUGUAUUCAGAUCCAGUUACAGCGUGAAAUCUCAGACUUUGGGAAUCAAGUUGACAUGCCAUCUGGAAAUGGAAGCAAAUCUUCAGGUGGUCUGCAAAAGACGUUCUCAAAACUGACUUCACGGUUUACAAAAAAAACUUCCUGCACCAGUACAAGUAAUACUGGAAGUUAUUCAAUCCCCAAUACACCUUCCAAAAAUGUCUUCAUAAGUUCCAACUCAGAGGAGAAAGCUAAAAUGCCCACUAACAUAGAUGCACGGUUACAAAGCAUCUUGAACAUUGGUAAUUUUCCGAGGACCGCGGAUCCGCUGCAGUCGAUUCAGAGCACAAAUAAUCAGCUAGUGAAUGGGUUUCUGGUUGAAAGACGGGACAACUUCUUCAAGCCGGAUGACGGCAAGGAUGACAAAGGUAUGAAUUUACCAACUGACCAAGAAAUGCAGGAUGUUAUCGAUUUCUUGUCUGGUUUUAACAUGGGCAAAUCCCAGCAGGCUUCUCCGAUGGUGAAAAGAAGGAACUCUGUUGCAUCCUCUACAGCAACAGAGCAGAAAUCAGGAACAGUACAACAGCAGCCGCAGUCUGUCUCUCACACACCACUGCAUCCUUCUCAGCAGGGCUUGUCACAGCAACAGCAGUCACAAAAGCAGCAGCAGCAGCAAAUGCAGUAUUACCAACACUUACUUCAACCUAUUGGACCACAGCAACGCGUACCUGCCAAAUGGCUGACUAACUCUUCGCAGCAGCCGGUCCAAGCUGUCGGGGCAGGAUUGUCUCAUAUAAACCAGUGGAACAACCCUGGUUUUUCAGAUUUAAGCUCCGAUUUGUACAGCUUGGGUCUUGUGAGCAGCUAUAUGGACAAUAUGAUGUCAGAGAUGUUAGGACAGAAACCACAAGGACCUAGAAACAACACAUGGCCAAAUCGUGACCAAACUGAUGGAGUGUUUGGGAUGUUGGGAGAAAUUCUGCCUUUUGACCCUGCAGUUGGCUCUGAUCCAGAAUUUGCCCGCUAUGUUGCUGGGGUCAACCAGGCUAUGCAACAAAAACGGCAAGCACAGCACGUCCGUCGCCCGAGCACCACGCGCAGCAACUGGCCCCUCCCUGAUGAUCCUCAUAAAACCUGGCCCUUCCCUGAGUAUUUCACAGAAGGCGAUGUGACAAAUAGCUGGUCUGGUAAUCAAGGAGACUCUGCCAGCUCCAGUGACGAGACCUCCUCAGCUAACGGGGACAGCUUGUUCUCCAUGUUCUCAGGGCCAGACCUUGUUGCUGCUGUAAAGCAGAGAAGAAAACACAGUAGUGGCGAACAGGAACCCAGUACGCUGCCAUCGCCACCUCUGCUCUCUGCAGCAGAUGACCGUAAUCAGGACAAUAAAACCAAAACCUGGCCUCCGAAGGCGCCCUGGCAGCACGCGUCCUCGGUCACCAACACGCUGCCCAGCCAGAGCACCUCCCUGUACCCGCUGAGCGGCCCCGCCGGCCAGUGGGGCGACACCAUGCAGAUCCUCCAGUCACCCGUGUGGGCGGCAGCCAGCGACUGUGCCCCCGCCGCCGCCAUCUCCUCCAACUUCGCCUACGCGCAGCAGCAGCCGUCGCAGCCGCAGGCUCCCCAGCACAAACAGAUGAAUAAGGGCUUUAAAUCUUUCCCAGUAAAGCACGAACGCAGACCGUCUUACCUGCAUCAGUACUAA